UCCUGGGAUUGCUCCAUGUCCGUGCACAGAGGGCCCUGGGCUCUGCUCUACGGCCAUGUCCCUGUAGUUCCCCCUAGUGGCCGUGGAGGCAUUUUCCCACCUGUGGCCGUCACUUCCUGGGGAGUGGGUCUCAGAAGCGUGCAUAUGUUGUCUGGCUCUCUGAUUCUGUUUGGGGAGGCUGUGCCCUGGGGUCAUUGUGACUGAGAAGCCGCUGAGGGUGGUGCUGGGGGGACUUCUCUGGGGUAAACCCAGUGCCUGGAUGUAUUGGUUCAUUGAAAGGGAGAAACCUUGGACUGAUUUUGGAAAGUUGUGCUUUAAUCCCAGGAUCCAGCUGGGGAAGACCGUGCAUUACCUGCCCAUCCUGUUCAUCGACCAGCUCAGCAACCGUGUGAAGGACCUGAUGGUCAUAAACCGCUCCACCACCGAGCUGCCCCUCACCGUGUCCUACGACAAGGUCUCGCUGGGACGGCUGCGCUUCUGGAUCCACAUGCAGGACGCCGUGUACUCCCUGCAGCAGUUCGGGUUUUCAGAGAAAGAUGCUGAUGAGGUGAAAGGAAUUUUUGUAGAUACCAACUUAUACUUCCUGGCGCUGACCUUCUUUGUCGCAGCGUUCCACCUUCUCUUUGAUUUCCUGGCCUUUAAAAAUGACAUCAGUUUCUGGAAGAAGAAGAAGAGCAUGAUCGGCAUGUCCACCAAGGCAGUGCUCUGGCGCUGCUUCAGCACCGUGGUCAUCUUCCUGUUCCUGCUGGACGAGCAGACGAGCCUGCUGGUGCUGGUCCCGGCGGGCGUUGGAGCCGCCAUCGAGCUGUGGAAAGUGAAGAAGGCAUUGAAGAUGACUAUUCUUUGGAGAGGCCUGAUACCUGAACUUCAGUUUGGCGCUUACAGCGAAUCUGAGAGGAAAACCGAGGAGUACGAUACUCAGGCCAUGAAGUACUUGUCAUACCUGCUGUACCCUCUCUGUGUCGGGGGUGCUGUCUAUUCCCUCCUGAAUAUCAAGUAUAAGAGCUGGUACUCCUGGUUAAUCAACAGCUUUGUCAAUGGGGUCUAUGCCUUUGGCUUCCUCUUCAUGUUGCCCCAGCUCUUUGUGAACUACAAGUUGAAGUCAGUGGCACAUCUGCCCUGGAAGGCCUUCACCUACAAGGCUUUCAACACCUUCAUUGAUGACGUCUUUGCCUUCAUCAUCACCAUGCCCACGUCUCACCGGCUGGCCUGCUUCCGGGACGACGUGGUGUUCCUGGUCUACCUGUACCAGCGGUGGCUUUAUCCUGUGGAUAAACGCAGAGUGAACGAGUUCGGGGAGUCCUACGAGGAGAAGGCCACACGGGCACCCCACACAGACUGAAGGCCGCCCGGGCUGCCGCUGGCCACGUGCGACUUGAAUUGUCCAUGAGUAUUUUUGGAAGCAUUUGGUGGAAUUCCCAGACAUUGCAUUUUCUGUGUUGCCAAAAUCGCUUUGGACAUUUCUCAGACAUCUCCCACGUCCCUCACAUCAGAUUUGGAGCUGGUGGCGCUCACGGUGCCCCCACGUGUGAACGUCUGUCUUGGUCACAGAGCUGGGCGCUGCCAGUCACCUUGAGCUGUGGUGGCUCCCGGCGCGCGAGUGUCCGGGGGUCGGCCAUGUCCUCACACUGGCAGGUGCGGGAGCCCUCACAGGCAAGGGGGCUGUGGGAGUUCCAUUUCAGGUGGUUUUCUAAGUGCUCCUUAUGUGAAUUUCAAACACAUACGGAAUUCAUUCCGCGUGGACUCUGGGAUCAAAGGCUCUUUCCUCUUUUGUUUGAGAGUUGGUUGUUUUAAAGCUUAAUGUAUGUUUCUGUUUUAAAAUAAAUUUUUCUGGCUGUGGCAUUUUUCUUGACCUGGUAUAAUGAAAGUAUUUCAGAUGUUUGAGUUUAACCCUUUUCCAGAAAGUAAUACAUAAUAUGGAUUUAUUUAUGCAUUAAAAAAGCAAAUUUAAAGAGC